AUGCCUCCGGUUCGAAGGCUACGUACAGAACCCAUUGUUCGGGUAAGGACCGGCUGCUGGUCCUGCAGGCGUCGCAAGAAAAAGUGCGACGAAGUCAGACCGGCCUGUGGAGGAUGUGUCCGCAAUAAACUCUCCUGUCAAUGGCCAUCCAAUCUACCCCAAAACCCAUCGUCAACGGCUUCAAAUGCUCCGGAUACAAACCAACCACUAGGGCUCGAGGGUCAGCCAUCCAGCCCAGUAUCGGAUAAAGAACGUCGUGUAUCAGUUGGUUCAGUGGGCUCUUCCUCUGCCGCAUCGUCAGCCCAAGUCUCGUGCACCGACUCUGCCGAGCCUGCUGCCUUAGCGAACGAAGAACAUGUUUCACCUCAGCAAAUUGCUCUAAGGGGCAGCCCAGAGUCCGAUCUUACUAGCUUGGCCGUAGGGGGCCUUGUGCCUCGAAGUCUAUCGAUGCUUCCAGGUUACAGUCAAGAGUCUUUUCAGCUACUGAGCCACUAUCUGGCGACAACGGCUGACUGUAUGGCCAACGGCUCAACUCCUGUGAAUCCGUUUUUGGUCCAGAUAGUACCUCUUGCUUUCACCAGUGACCUUCUUCUCCAGCUAGUUCUCACGCAAAGUGCUGCGCAUCGGGCAUUCAGAAGCCGAAACGAUUCCGAUGAAAUCGCUCAGAGUCACUAUACGAAAGCUUUGCAGUUGUUCCGCAAAGGAGUCACCGAAUUUAUCAACGGGAAGGAGUCCAACUCACUGAUGCUUACUGUUGGAGCUCUCGUGAUGUGCUUUACAGAGACUGCCAAAGGAGACAUCAAUGGCACGAUCUUUGACCAUCUAUCCGCAGCCAACACGCUAUUGACGCGUCUGUUGUCGCUGAGUGAUACAACAGUUCCGAAGGAACUGAAAGACUUUGUCAUUGAAUAUUACACUUAUACCGCAGCAGUGAGCAUGAUAUCUAUCGAUGCCAGGGUUAGCCCUCAACUCUUGCUGAAUUUCGAGUUGGAGAACCGAGCUCGUCAGCUCCUCGACUCUCAGUACAUUGGCAAUCUCUGUGGUUGUUGGUUGGAACUAUUGCUAUUAAUACCUUGCAUAUUUGAUUUAGGGAGACAGUGGAUGAUGCACAAUGCCCAACCCACCAUGCCAUCCGCUGACGAAAUCGCCAUGUACGGCUCGCUACAAACCCAGAUACUACAGUGGUCACCCUUCCCCAGCGUUACCCCGGAGGUAUUUCUGGCCGGUCGCAUCUUUCAACAGGCCAUGCUUCUCUACUUAUACACAGCUUUGGGCUCUUUCUCGCGGACCGAAAACGGAAUGCACCAGGGACUGAUCAAUACGGCCAUCGUCGAAGGAAUGGCAUACCUCAACCAGCUUUCCGCGACAGUCCGGAUCAAUUCUGGGCUCUGCUGGCCGAUCGCCGUGAUAGGAUCCUGUCUUUGCCAGACAGAGCAUCAGGAUCAGCUACGCAACCGACUGACUACAAUGGUAAAUACAUUUGGUAUCGGGAACAUGCACCGCACGCUUCUAUUGCUCGAGCACAUGUGGGAGAUGCCUCUCGAGGAAGCCGGGCCAUGGAACAUAUGUCGUGCGAUGCAAAAGUAUCAAAUAUGGAUUUCAUUUGCAUAA